GCAGGCAUCCCGGUCCACGGAAGGGACGAAGCGGCGGCGCUGCUCUUGGAGAGGGCCCAUUACCGGCAUGACCCGCGCUGGCUGCUGCCCGUGCCCCCACACCUCUGCCUGGCCUGCGCGCUGGAGCUGCUGCCGGAGCCCGGCGUGUCGCUGGUGCGCAAGAAACAUGUGCUGUCCUGCUUCCGAGAUGUCCUCGUGAGGCACGCCUCCCUGGUCAUGCAGUUUGUGGCUCAGGAUCAGAGAGUCUGUAUUCACCUCAUAAACAUGCUUUUUGGACUGUUGUGCAAUGUGGAAGAUGGGAGUAUAGCAGACCUCUGUAUUGAAGUCCUUAUCCAGCUUACAACUCAGCUGAAAUUAGAGCAGACCAUUCAUUGCCUGCUGGAUGAGUGCCACAAAGAGCUGUGUAACAUGCCCUCCAUGCGAGGCAGCCUGGCCACCCUGACCCUUCUCGGCAAGUUGGUGGAUGCCAUCCCUGCUCUGGCAGACGAGCUUGUAAUGGAGCACGGUGACCUGAUGGAGCAUCUGUUGAGAGGUUUAGUGUACCCCAGUGAGGGGGUGCAAGCUUCUGUCUGUUAUCUCUAUGGGAAGCUGUACUCCUCACCAAUGGCAGCUGAGAUGCUUUCAGGCCAUUUCCGGGAGAAGCUGUGUCCUCUCUUCCUUUCCACGUUGGAUGGUGCCCAGACAAAGGAGCUACAGAUCAACUGCUUGGGCUUGCUGAGGCAGCUGCUGAAGUAUGAUCUCUUCGUGUCCAUGAUCAUGAACAACUCUGCACUGGCGGAAAGCACUGAGAGUGUUGAGGGGCCACCAGGAGAGACCUCACUGCCUUUGGUGCUCAAAAAGCUUCUCCUCUCCAGAGAUGAGAUUCUGCAGGUGGCCAGUGCCCACUGUGUAACUGCAGUGCUAGUCCGCUCCCCAGAGAAAUAUGCCCCGGCCUUCAUCCAUGCUGACAUCCCAGAGUUCCUCUUUGAGCAUCUUUCAUCUUCCAGUGAAGUGCUCGUCUCAUCCAGCUACAAUUGCUUGAUACUUCUGGCAGAGGAGCCACUCUUCUUUUCCAAGUGCCACACGGUGUAUGGCAUCGAGUCAGUGGUGAGGAGCCUACAGGGAAGCCUGAAGAUGAACAACACAGAGCUGCACAAGCAGGGCUUGCUGCUCUUUGCUGAGAUCCUGACUCGGCAGCCGGAAGAGAUCAAGCUGUUCACAAGCUCAGCCAUGUGCAGAGAUGCAGGCCGUGCCCUCCAAGAGGCAGUGAGCAGUCCUGUGCUAGAGGUGGCCGUUGAGGCAGUGAAGGCCACUUCUGCCUUUCUGAGGAAAGACCACCAGAGUGCUCCACCCGUGCAGUACAGGGAACUGCGGGCCUUGCUUGAAGCCAUGCUGGACCGGUGUUCCGAUUUUUCCCAGACCCCACUGAGCAGGAGGUCCAUGGGCCAUGCUUCCAGUAGAUAUGUGGAGAAGGACAUUCUUCGAAGGGGAAAGUUUCUCCUGAGCACUCUGGAGGGGUUUAGAAACGCCUGCAGGUUGGCUGUGGAAUUCCAGAGCGAGCCUUCGGCCCAGGAGAACCCAUUCACAGCUCCCAGUGCCGAGAAGGAAGACACCUUGGAGGCCUUCUCAGAAUUUCUUCUCAGUGCCUGUGACUCCCUUUGUAUCCCCAUGGUGAUGAGGCACUUGGAGCAGGCCACUCAGCCAGCCUUGAUGGAAGUGUUCUUCUCAAUUCUACAGAGUCUUUUUGUCAUCGUUCCCCACAUGAAGGAGAAGUUCUCCAAGAAGCUCGCUGCCUCAUGCUUCAUACGACUAACUCUGGAACUGAAGGCCAGGUUCUGCAGUGGCCUGAGGUUCAUUUCAGAGGCAGAGCUAUUUGUGGCUGUGCAAAGCUUCCUCCUGUCUCUGCAGGACCAAGGUGAGCGCCCUCCUCUUACGGUCUUCAGAGCCUCCAUCUAUCUGCUUGCAGUCUGCCAGGACAAAGAUGAUGCACUAGAUGAGGCUGUGGUCAGUGCCAUCAGAAAAUUCCUAGAGGGCAUCCCGGAUCUGCACGUCAUCUACACCCACCAUCCACUCCUCCUCAGGUUCUUCCUGCUGCAUCCAGAGCUGAUGAGCAGGUUUGGGCACCGUGUCCUGGAACUUUGGUUUUCCUGGGAAGAGAGCAGCUAUGAGGAGCUGGAUGAUGUCCUCUCUGCUGGACAGCCCACGCUUCCUGCCAGCUUGGCAGCCCUGUUCCACAUACUCAGAAGCAGCCCCAGCAUCCUGCUUAUUUUGCUGGACCUCAUCUAUUCCAACCCAAUGGACAUAGCCCACAAGGUACUGAUUGUCCUGAAGACCUUUUUGAGAAGGAAUGAGGAUGUCCAAGUGGGUGGUCUCAUCCGAGGUCACUUCCUGCUGAUCCUACAGCGUCUGCUGGUAGAACAUGGGGCCUCCCCAUCAGAAGCCUCGGGGAACCUGCCAUCGCUGCUGAGCCUCCUCUCUUUGGUGCAGCUGAGGACCGAGUCAGAGCAAGAACUGGACAGCAUGGCCAUGAAGCUCCUUCACCAAGUGAGCAAGCUCUGUGGGAAAUGCAGCCCCACUGACGAGGACAUCCUGCAGCCCUCCUUCAACUUCCUGUAUUGGAGCCUUCAUCAGACCACGCUGGGCAGUCAGAAAAGAGCCGCUGCAGUGCUUCUGAGCAGCACAACCCUGAUAGAGCUGUUGGAGAAAAUGCUGGCGCUCACCUGGGCCGAGGAGGGCUCUCCCAGGACCACACUCCUCUGCUCUGCCUGGCUGCUCACUGCCUCCUUCUCUGCGCAGCAGCAUGAUGGCAGUCUGCAGGUUCACCAGACACUGUCCGUGGAACUGGACCAAGUAUUGAAGGCCCUCAGCUUUCCGAAGAAAAAAGCUGCACUGCUCUCAGCUGCCAUCUUAUGCUUCCUGCGGACAGCCCUGCAACAAAGCUUUUCCUCUUCCCUGGUGGCCCUGGUGCCCUCAGGGGCGCGGCCACCGCCAGCCCCUGAGGACACUGUCCUAGCUCCACUGGGAACAUCACAAGUGCUGUCCCUGGUCAUUGGACUGCAGAACCUCUUGGUGCAGAAGGACCCUCUAUUGUCCCAUGCCUGUGUCAGCUGCCUGGAGGCCUUGCUUGACUACCUGCAUGCCAGGAGCCCAGCCAUGGCACUCCAUGUGGCCUCCCAGCCCUGGAAUCGGUUUUUGCUGUUUACUCUCCUGGAUGCUGGAGAGAAUUCCUUCCUCAGACCUGAGAUCUUGAGGCUCAUGACCCUGUUUGUGCGGUUCCAGAGCAGCAGCAUCCUGUCUCAUGAAGAGGUGGGUCUUAUUCUGCAAGGCGCAGCUUUGGCUGACCUCUCUUCCCUCUCGAACAGCACACUCCAGGCUCUGCGUGGCUUCUUCCUGCAGGUCCAAAGCAUGGGCCUCCUGGCUGAUAAUAGCAUAGCCCAGACCCUACAGGUCUCCUUGGAGGGCCUUUCCCCCAGGGCCUCCUCGGCCCAGCCGCCCUUACAGGACAUGCUCUGCCUGGGAGGGGUGGCUGUAUCUCUGUCCCACAUCAGAGACUGACCCUAAGGACUUGAAGGCCCAGAAAUGGAGAGAACUGAGACCUGGAGAAGACAAAGUCAUGGCACAAUGGUUCGGGGAAAAUGGAUGACAACUGCAGCCAUUUCACUGGAGCCGGUUACUCCAUUGUUGAAAUGGAGCCAGGAAAUAAAGUGAUACACUCAAAUGCCUGUGUGAGCUCUCCAAAAACAUUUCACUCUCCACUUAUCUUGGCUCCUCCAGCUGGUUCCUCAGGCAGGAUGAAUGGCCUCCUCAGGGAAACGGGACUGAAUUUGUUCUGGUAACACAUUAAGGAGCGCCAAAGCUAGCUGGUUGCCUCAAUAAUUUCCAGGCAAGGAAGUUAAGGUUAAAUCUUUCUCAGCAUUCCUAGCUGAGCAAAAUUGUCCCAGCUCAGCUCUUCCCUGGGUAAAGUAGGUCCCU